AUGUUCAGGAUUGCGAUACGAUCCGGCAUCGCAGCGCGAUCUAUUGUCGCUCCGGCCCAAGAAUUCGCGCCCGUUUAAAUCUCGAUGGCACGGCGCGGGCACGUGUUGAGCGUAUGGCCGAGUUUUUGUGCCGGCAUCUUAUUCGGUGAUCGCGUCGCACGAUGUUGCUCGGCCAAUUAUCUUUCUGCCGCCUUUUCGCGCCCGCGGAAUCGGUCGUUCCGCGUUCAGUCUCGUCUUACAACAGGUGACGUGAGCAUCCCCGUGCGAGUCCGCCCUUUAAGCAAAAAGAUUGCCUGCAUCGCUUCCGCGUGUGCCCGCGCUCUUGUCUUGUCCGCGGACCUCGCGACCGGGAUCUCUCUUCCAGAGUUUCAGCGCCGUUCUCGACGCUCUCGCCGUUUAGUGCUCAACACAGUUCGCGAACGGUUCCUCGACGCGCUCCACGUGCUCGCGCUCCGUUCCACCCGCUCAUCCGCGUCUCCGGUAAACGCGGUUCCUUUCAAAUUUGUGUGCGGUAAGUGUUUAAUGAUAAGGUGCGAGAUAUAGCUGCACGGGUAUGGUAACGGCAUAACAUUUGGCGGUUCGCGCUCGCGAGAACCCCCUGCUCCGCGACAAGAUUUCCGGCGAACAAGAUUGUCCGACUCGGCUGGGCGUUAAUGCAACGCUCGUCAAGAUUUCCGCCGCGCCAACCAAGCAGGAUUUACGGGUUCGGAAGAUGUCCGACCGUUUGACCUCUGCCGCCUAUUGCCCCGCAGUCGCCCGUGUGUGCAACUAAAGUCUUCUUCGUCCUUCGUUUUGAGAACAAUAAAGUUACUGUGUUUUGAGAGUUCAAAUCGGAGCGUUUCUCUUUGUGUGUCGUCCGUCACCCUACAGCAGGUGUUCGCACCUGCGCUACACGAUUUCCGCGCUCAGCGCUGAGCGGUUCCGGCGGUCUUCUGCGCGCGUGCCUGAACUGCGGAUACCGCGCUUGUUGUGCAUAAGCCGAGGAGGUGACGAAGUCGAGCUUCCGCCGCAAGGUGUGGGACUACAUGACGAAGAAUGAGCUGGUCAACUUCCCCGUCAACAUAUACAAGCGUAUACCGAACUUCAAGGGCGCCGCGGAGGUGGCGCAGUGGCUGAUCGAGUUGGACGUGUUUAAGAAGGCGAGAGUCAUCAAGAUAAAUCCAGACAAGCCGCAGGAGCCGGUGAGGUUCUCGGCCCUGGAGGCCAACAAGUUGCAUCUCUCGACUCGACGGAGUCGAACCGAGCCCUACAGAUUCUGAGAGCUUCAGGAAUCUUGAGAAUAUUAUCUCUUUCGUGCUGGACAGAUUGAGCGUUGUAUAUUACAGCAAUAAUUUGUAUAGGAAAGCUGCGACUGUGUGCGCAUUGAAUGCCUUGUUAACGUAUAACCAGUCAAACACAAAAGCUUUUCGUAGAUGGGUGUACAUUAAGAAAAUUACGCCCAAAGAAGUCGCAAGCUUAGCUAUGCUGGACUGCUUGACCAGUGAUGAAGAUGAGAUAAAGAGCGAACUGGGACUUUCAAUCGAUAUCUCUAAGUACGACGUUACCACGUUGUGUCUGCGUGAAGUGAACAGUUUACUGGAGGAACAGGUCGCGGUUGCGAACGGCGUGGCAGCGGUUCUGGAAAAAUUGAGGAAGCUACAGCCGAGUGAACAAUAUGCACACACGGUGCAGUUAUUAGGGUAUUAUUUCUUAGAUUUCAAUUAUGAAUAUCACAGAUGUACAAUGUCACAGACUAUACCAUAUGUAACGUGUAAUGGCAUCAAUGUUCGGUUGUGAGAUAUGAAGGAUGCACUAAAAAUUAUUCGAUCGUUAAUUAUUUCAUGCAGUCCCAUUAAUUUGAAAAACGGCUUAUAUAUGGAUGUUUCAAAUUUAUAA